UAUGUUGCCUGCUCAUAUUGCAGUUCUUACACAAUAGCAAUAGUGUAAAAAUCCACUUUUGAGCUCUAUAAUAUGCUUACUACUAGGGCCAUACUGAAGCUUUGAUAUACUGGCCAAAGGAUUUGAACUCGAGAGAAGUUUUUUGAAAAUAUCACAUAGCAAUGGAGCAAAAAUGGACAUAAUCUUAAAGUAAAUUUAGGUUAUGAUUUUGUAUUUGUAAACAACGACCGGCUAAACUUUCAAUUUGUGGAUUUAAUUGAUAAAAAUGCCGAAUUGGAACCAAAUACAGUCUCAAUUGAGGCAUCCAGCAAAUCCAGUAGUAUUUUUUGAUGUAUCGGUCGGAACAACAGAAAUCGGAAGGAUGAUUUUCGAAUUAUUCGCUGAUGUAGUACCAAAAACAAGCGAAAAUUUCAGACAAUUUUGCACUGGAGAAUUCAGAAAGGAUGGAGUACCUUUAGGGUACAAAGGAGCUAGUUUCCACAGAGUUAUUAAGGAUUUUAUGAUACAAGGAGGUGACUUCGUUAAUGGUGAUGGAACAGGAGUGAUGAGCAUCUACGGAGGCGGCACCUUCCCCGACGAAAACUUCACCAUAAAACACGACACUCCAGGCCUCCUGUCAAUGGCGAACAGCGGGAAAGACACGAACGGCUGCCAGUUCUUCAUCACAUGUGCCAAGUGUAACUUUCUAGAUGCCAAACACGUCGUGUUUGGUAGAGUGAUAGAUGGACUGUUGGUAAUGAGGAAGAUAGAGAAUGUACCCACUGGGCCCAAUAAUAAGCCUAAGAUACCUGUUACAAUAGUACAGUGUGGACAGAUGUAGUAUUAAGCGUUUUAGGUGUACAUAAUGACAUUGUAUGUGUAAGGACUAUUAUGCAAAAAAUACUUUUUAGAUGAAUUUCAUGUUAUUAUUACCCAAAUGACCAC